GAAUGAACCAUAUCGCUUAAACAAGUUACACGUUGCAGGGUUUUUUUAGGACUUGCUGAAAAAUGUUUAAACUCGUCAUAGCCUUGUCUUUGGCCGCCAUAUUUUGUGGUAAAUGUAUAUUAUUUAUAUUUCCGCAGUAAUGGCGGGUUGAUAGUCUAAACUCGUUUUAAAAUUUUGAUAGACCAUGGAACCGAAGUUUACCGACAAAUAUGUUUCAUUGAAAUACACUCUACGUUAAAUAUGCUUUACGUUAAACAUGUUUUAAGUCAUAAUAUGUUUUAAUUCAAAUGAGUUUUAGUCAUUUAUGUUUUAAGUUAAAUAUUUUUUAAGUCAAACAUUUUUUUAAGUUAAAUAUGUUUUAAAUCAUGUAAUGCUUUAAGUUAAAAAUGUUUUAAGUCACAUAAGCUUUAAGUCAAAUAUGUUUAAAGUCAAAUAUGCUUUAAGUAUGUUUUAAAUCAAAUGUAUUUUAUGUUAAAUACUUUUUCAAUCAAAAAUGUUUGAAGUCAAAUAUUUGUAGUCAAUUAUGUCUAGCUAAAAUUUGGAGAUAACACCAAUAUAUUUAAACAUUGAACAGUUGUGACGAUGGCAUAUCUUGAUUAAAUGCUACCCCCGGGCUUAAUUCUUAAAAGAGAGCCCUUUAACAAACCCAUAAGAAUCAGAUACCCGGUAUAUAAAUAAGUGAAUGUUUCUUUGUUUGUGCCGGUGUUCAACAUAAGCUUUUACGUGGAAUGGUGGAUCUUGACUAGACUUGGUACAGUUAUCCAUCAUUAUACGGCAGGAACUCUUAAGGGGUUAUGAACAUUGUAUAACAUUCCAUGAAGACGUUUUUCUCCAUAUAUUCAUCAUAUAUAUAUAUAUAUAAGUGAAUGUUUGUUAGCUUGCGGCAUUGUUCCACAUGCGUUUUUAUAAGGAUUGCUUGGCCUUAACCAAACUUGGCACAACAUAAUAUCUUCCUAAUAAUACAGAAUCAAAUACCGGGGAGGGGCGUUGAACUUGACAAAAAUAACUCCGUUUUGGGCUGAGGUCCCGUAUUCGCUUUUUAUUUUAUAUGAGCUAUGUAAAUAGAUUUAACAACAAUUCCUCCUACAUGAAUCGAUGCAUCUUGACCAAACUUAGUACACAUACACUUGAUUAUCCAUACCGUAUUGAAAUACCGAAGAGGACUAAACUCAUAAUAUCAAUUCCUCGGGGGGGGGGGGGGGGGGGGGGGCCCCAUUUCAUUUUUCCUUUUAAAAAAGCUAUAUAAAUAUCAAUAGGCUCAGACAACAGUAUAGGUCCUAUGUGAAUGAUAGAUCUAAGCCUACCGUGGUAGCAAUACACUUGAAUGUGCGUAUUGAAAUAUCGGUGGAUUUAAAACUAAGAAUAUUCAAUCUAGAAAGUUUAAAAGCUUUAUCAAUGGCAUUAUUAAUUAUAUUUUAAUGGGACCAAUUGUAAAUUUUAACUCCAUAAUGUAUAUGAAGGAUUUUUAUCGGGCCCCCAUCUCAGGCAAAACUGAUUCGGUAGAAUUAUGGAAUGAGCCCCCACUGGGGGCCUCUUUAUACUUAAAUAUACUUUAGUUAUAGCAGUGCAUUUAGUUGUAAAAUGUUUCGUAUUGAAAGAAUAAUUACUUAAAAAAGACAUUCUUACACGUCUCGUGGAGGAUAUUAAAUUUAAUCCAGAAUGUUCUAGAAAGUUCCAUAUUGUUCUACAGGGAUAUAUAAAAUCUAAUGGUUUCUAAAUUAUACGUAUUGAAAUAUCAGUUUAGUUCUAUUAAUUUCUAUAUUUUCCUGGGGAAUUUUCUCUAAACUUGCCCUUCAGUACCCUACUGGGGAACAAUACCAACGAGGAACAUGAUCCUAAAAGGGAACGAGUUAAAGGGGAACCCACCGGAAUCGGGAACCCACAGAAAUUGGGAUUCUAGCGGGAUGGGGAUCACAAGGGGAAACGGGCUUGUCGAAAUGUAACUUCGAAAUGUAACUCUUGAUGUCCUGUGGUCGUCAUCCACUCUUCUAAUCCAGACGCUCAGCCAUGGGACAUCCUAGUACCACACAUACCAGUGUAACCGACAACAAACACUGGAUAUACCGGUAUCGAUAUCAGUUCAAUGUAUAAUUUUAAUAUGCCUCGUAAGCCUGACCAAUCAGUGUACUUCACAAUACAACUUGUAAACUUAUCAACGUUCAACUUCACGAUCUAUCUAGCUGAAUCCUCACACAUAAAAAGCUAAGCCUUGGACAUCUCACAACACGCCAUGUCUUGAACAGCACACAACGGCCAUCUCUAUCCUUUCCAUAACAAGAACGAAAACUAACGCGUCAUAUCCCCUUACACAAUUACGUCACAACACUCUCACCCCCACGAUACUGCUACACAUAAAAUCUCUAACUAAACAUCUUUUCCCUAUCAAACAUGACAACAAUGAUCUACACAUAACAACAGUGAUUCUCAUGCCCUUGACAGGGAUCACACCGGGAAAGGAAAUCCCACCGAGAAACAUGAUCAACCCAGUAUUAUGAUUCAAACGGGAUCGGGUUUACACCGAGAAACGGAAUACCGAUGGGAUCGGGAACCCAAAGUGUUCAGGAACCCGUCAGGUUCAUGAACCCACCGGGAUCGCAAAACAUAUGGGAUCGGGAACCAACCGUCAUUGUAAUCCCCCCAGUAUUGGUAUCCGAAUGGCGAAACGGGAUCACACUGGGAUUUUUAUACAAAUGGGAUCAUAAUUACACCGGUAGCUUGGUAGCAAUACCCUUCAUUGUUCGUACAGAAAUAUGGUAGAUUUAAAACUAAGAAUAUCAAAUUCAUUCAGGGCCGAUAUAGAAUUUUUUAGAAAGUUCGAUAACAUUAAAAAGCAAUGUGUGUGGCGUUUUUAACCGAUUGUGAUGGGACAAUAUUUAAAUUUUAACUUCAUUAUUAUCAUAAUUUCUCAUUUAUAGCCCAUUGUCUGUGGGUAUUGUCUGUGGUCCAUACAUUCUAAUAAGAAAGGGUAUUGUCUGUGGUCCAUACAUUCUAAGAGGUGUCGGUUUGUCUGGGGUCCAUACAUUCUAAUAAGAAAGGGUAUAGUCUGUGGUCCAUACAUUCUAAAAGGUGUCGGUUUGUCUGUGGUCCAUACAUUCUAAUAGGCGUGGAUAGUGUCUGUGGUCCAUACAUUCUAAUAAGAAAGGGUAUUGUCUGUGGUCCAUACAUUCUAAUAGGUUUCGGUUUGUCUGUGGUCCAUACAUUCUAAUAGGCGUGGAUAUUGUCUGUGGUCCAUACAUUCUAAUAAGAAAGGGUAUUGUCUGUGGUCCAUACAUUCUAAUAGGCGUGGGUAUUGUCUGUGGUCCAUACAUUCUAAUAGGUGUGGGUAUUGUCUGUGGUUCAUACAUUCUAAUUAGCAAGCGUAUUGUCUGUGGUCCAUAAAUUAGGGAUGCACCAGGAUCGGAGUCCUAUCGGAAAACUCGAUCCUACCGGAAUAGGCAUCCAAUCGGGAUCUGUAACCGACCGGUAUCGUGACCGCGAUCAAACCGGUUCGAGAUUGCUCCAAGAUCGGGAUCACACCGGGAUCGGGAUCGAACCGGGUUUGGGAUCCCUCCAGGUACCGGGAUACAUCGGAAAAACGGACAUCGGGAAGCGGGAUCCGAUUGGUUCUCUAUGGGAAUUUUGUUUUAAUCUGGAAAAAAAAAAAGAAAACACAAUGAUGUUGAAAUGUUUCAUCCCGAAUUGACCCAUUCUGAAUGUGUGUUUUUGUUGUAUUUCAAAGAAUGCAGCCCUAUCAGGAAAGACCUACUCUCCAGAAGAAGGCGUGCAUGCAGAGAGCUGCUCGCAAGUUCAUUGGCUCUCUCGUUAGUGUUGCCAGGAGAUUCAUCGGCAGUAGCUGAACUUGCUGAUGACGCGGUUUACGCCCGCUACUGCCAGUGAGUAAAGCGUCGCUAUUAAAAGUAUUCUGUCAGUGAUUUAAGUGAGAGUCGAUUAUAAAAGUAUUCUGUCAGUGAUUUAAGUGAGAGUCGAUUAUAAAAGUAUUCGGUCAGAUAGUAAAUUUAGUUUAAAGAACGUAUUUUUAAGCUUGUGGAACGAUGCUUUGGAAUUUCUGUCAUCCAAGUCAAAACAAUUGUUGUCAUAAAUGUUGCGGCCUUUAACUCGGAGAAAUCUUUUAAUAAGUAUUGGAUGCGUUAAGUUUUGUUAUUUUUUUUAUUAAUUUUAUUUGAAUUUCGGUUUGCUUACAUUUAAAAAUGUUUCUAAAAUAGGAAAACCGUUUCAACAUGUAAUAAGGUAAUGAAUACAAAUGCCAUAAGAUGGACAAACAUAAAAGGAUAUCUCUUUAGCUAAAAAAAAAAAUUGUGAAACUAAAUUUAAGUAAUUAUAAAUUAGUAUGAAUUUUUCGCACAUCAUUUGAUGACGUCAUAAUGUUGUUUUUUUUUUUUUAAAGGAAUUUUACAAAAUUCGCGGAACUCUCUUAAAUGAUAAAAUUACUACCAGAGUAAAGGUGCGUGAAAUAAAUUUGGAUAGUAACGUAUAGUAACUAUUUUUAAAAUUAAAAUUAUAAUUUUAUGUUAUUAGCAUAUACUGCGACCAAUCAUUUAAGUGGGUAAGUACACCCUGAAAAUAGGUGACAAACAUAAAAGGAUAUCUCUUUAGCUAAAAAAAGAAUUGUGAAACUAAAUUUAAGUAAUUAUAAAUUAGUAUGAAUUUUUCGCACAUCAUUUGAUGACGUCAUAAUGUUGUUUUUUUUUUUUUUAAAGGAAUUUUACAAAAUUCGCGGAACUCUCUUAAAUGAUAAAAUUACUACCAGAGUAAAGGUGCGUGAAAUCAAUUUGGAUAGUAACGUAUAGUAACUAUUUUUAAAAUUAAAAUUAUAAUUUUAUUUUAUUAGCAUAUACUGCGACCAAUCAUUUAAGUGGGUAAGUACACCCUGAACAUAGGUCGACUACUAAAAAAUUCACACAAAAACACUAUUAAAGUUACAAGUGUCAAAUUUUGGCUAAUAUUAAGGACGGCUGCCACGGCGUCUUUGCUGUGUUUAUUAUAGUUGCAGUGAAUUAGGGUUUAGGUUAGGUUGACGGAUCGAUUUAAGGUUCAGGCUAGGCAUAAGGAUCGAUUUAGGGUUCAGGUUAGGCAUAGGGAUCGAUUUAGAGUUCAUGUUAGGCAUAGGGAUCGAUUUAGGGAUACAUUCGUGAAAUUCGAUAAAAUAGUGGCCGUCGUCCUUAGAAUGUACCCAAAUUUUCGCUGAAGCUAGAGGAAUAGUCAUGCUACCAUAAUAACACUGUUAUUCACUUCAAAUAACAAUUUAAAAGUGCAACACAAUAGUUUGCUUACAUUGAAAAGAAAAAUGGCAUGCUGGAAAUUGGAAUAUCUACCAAACAAAAUUAGUUAGAAUGUUUUAAGCUCAAAUUUAUUAUAAUUUUUUAACCAUAUAGAAAUAUGGAUUAGCUUAGGCGACAACUCGGAAAAAUGUAAUUUAUUGAAUACUUUAUGUAUCACAGCAUCCUAAAGUAUCUUAAUUUUGACAUUUUAAAAUCAAACUUUGAUGGGUUGUAAAAUGUGUACUUAUUAAUAUAUUACAGUAUCCUUAGUUGCUGACAUCGAUAAGUAUAUUAUAUAGCAUCUUGCAAAAUUUUAAACAAAUUAGUUGAUAUUUGAAAUUUUAAUUUUAUGUGAAGUAAACGUCCAAAAUUUGUAAAUGAAAACGUAAUAGUUUUGUUCAUUAAGUAAAUAAAUUUUAUAAUUUUAAUGACGCCCUGAAAGCAUUUAGCUUCAACUUUUGACUACUCUAACCGCAAUUUAAGUCUUUUUCUGGUUCUUCUAGCUUCUAUGGACUUAUUCAUUUAUUUUUGUGCCUUCGAUAUCCACUUAGCACCCAUCAUAAUGAAACAAUUGAAAGUAAACUGUCCAAAGGAAAGCUGCUAAAUCUUAGAGGAGCCUCCAAUACUUUGGAUCCAUCAUUGAAAAGAAGGGUUGCUAAGUCAACACCAAUGUGGACAGCUCUUAAACAAUAACAUUUGUUCUUAGGGCACAUUUUCAAUAUAAUACUAUUCAUCGAUUCGUUCGCAUUUGGGGUAUAAAUAUCUGGACAUUUACUAAGAAUAAUAGGAUGAUAAAGAUCUAAAAAAAAUUGGCCUAGUUAAAUUAAUUUCUCCUGAUUCACUGUUAUAAUAAAGGGGCCAUCCAUAAAUGACGUCACGCAAAUUUUGCCGAUUUUUUUACUCCCCCCCCCCCAAUCGUCACAAAUCGUCACAAAAAGUUAGACCCCCCCCCUCAUUAUAUACUCAGUGUUUAGCCCGAACGCCCCCCCCCCCCCUUAAAAAGUCCCUGUGUCCACUACUGUCCAUUACAAACCCUUAAGAAAUUUGCCUCCCAUGGAUAUCAAAUUACUGCACCAGUGUCAGAAACAUUUCACUAGAUCAGUGGUUCUUAAUCAGGGGUACAAGUACAUCUCAGGGGGUAACACCAAAUUGAAAAAUGACGUAAUCACAGAGCACACACUGUUCGGUCUAACCGAAAUUCAUCAAAGGAGAACAGAUGACACGUGACAUUGUCCACCCGUGGAACCAAUCAAAAUGAGUGUUUCGUUCAUCUUAAAACGUCAAGAUUGAUGCCAAGGCAAUUAGGUUACCGGUACCUUUUUAUUAGGUCAGAAACACACCGUUUUGACCAUGUUUCAACGCCGAAUGAAGUGUUCGGUAACUUGUGUAAGUUUCAGGAAGCUAUUUUUAUCUAAAUUCUAAGAAAUACAACUAUCCUUCGAUAACAAUUGGUGAUUCUAAGUGCAAGUUACAGUUCUGAAAUACAUUUACCUCCUUAGCUUCAUUUAAUUUGUUCUUGUAUUUCUUAGACUGUGGACUAAGUUUAACAAGAAGAAAUACAUCGUGAAAAGGGUGGGUGGGUGACACCACGAGCUUACCGGACCGGGUGACACCAACCCUAGCUACGUCACUGAUUAUAUUUGCUGCCAUUGCUUGUUGUUGCUGUUUAAGAAAAAAAAAAUUAAAUAAGCAAGUUUUUAUGGAUUUUGAUGAUGAUUUUAAAAGAUAAUGCUACAAAAUUUUCAGGAGACAUUCUUAAUGCUGAAUUUCAUUGGCGCAUUGUGUGUAUUGGUAAUUUUUUCCCGUUUAUAAAAAGUUAAUUAAAGAAAUAAAUCUACGAUAGCUAAAUUAUUUAAUUAUUUUAAAUUUUAUUACAAUGUAUAUUAUACGGUUGAGGGGGGGGGGUUGUUUAAAACGGAGGGGGCCUGCAACGCUGCAAAAAGGGUUAAGAAUCCCUGCUCUAGAGCAGUUACUAAGAUGGCCCCCACCACGCGGUCAACCGUUUUUUUCCGCUCCACCCCGCUUCCCGCGUCCACAUUUAGCCAUACAUUCUCACGGCUGUCGUUGUCACCACAUUCCAAUUCCCCUCCUCCUUGGCGCCCUGUAACUUGAUCAGAGGUCAUUCUUCGGACUGCACAUACCUGUACUCAGGACCGGCGCUAGGCGGGGACCUUCAGGCCAUUGGACUAUCUAAUAACUUCGAAUAGUAUGUUGACUGGAUUAGGAACUAUUGGCAGGCUGAGGUAUAUUGUUAUCAGGCUGAGGUAUAUUGUUAUCAGGCUGAGGUAUAUUGUUAUCAGGCUGAGGUAUAUUGUUAUCAGGCUGAGGUAUAUUAUAAAUAUACUACGUCAACGUGCGGUCCCCCACUUCGCCAUCCCCUAGCGCCGGCCCUGCAGCCUGUACUGAUUCUCUCAGUGAUAGUAUUUAAAAUUAAAAUAAAUACAGUUGUAAGAAAGAAUAAUGUUAAAAUGUCCUUAAUUUAGUGUUAUUAAGUGCAAAUAUUUACUACAAUAUUCCGCUUUUCAUGUGACGUCACAUUGCUUGAGGCCCCCCCUCCCCCUCGUCACACAUCGUCACAAAUAUCUAACCCCCUUUUUUUUUAUCCGCGCACUGCAGUAAAGUGGAUGCCCCCCCCCCCAACACGAAACUUUAAUGAAAUGUUUUUCAGAUGUCUUAAUCUUUACUUUAAUCUAAAUGAGAAUCAUUUACUCCAUAUUUUUAUGUCUAUCAAUUUCAUUUCUGACCUGUUCUGGGUGGGCGUGGUAUUUGGUGUUUUAAGACCACUCAAUUUUAAGUUUAGUCAAGGUAGGAACUAGUCGACGCACAGAUCUGCGCAUGUCCAAAAAUGUCGAAAAAAGUAUUUUACAAUAUGGGGUACAGCUACACGGUAUCUUUGGAAAAUUGCGUACUACGUCACCUUUGUUUAUUGAAUAAUUACUUUCCUCAUCAGUGACGUAUCGGUCGGCGAUUCUAUUAAAUUUAUACUACCAUUUUGGUGGGGGGGGGGGGGGGGGGGUUUGCGUCACGGACAGGAACAUUGUAACCAUUCGGUACGUUUAUCACAUAAUACUUUUUUGUUAUUUAUUGAUUUAGAAAGCUGUUUAACGUUUUAGAAACUUAAUUCAUUCGUGAGUAUUAACAUUGAGUAUUAACAUAUUUAAAUUAUUAAAAUCGGCACACUCCUUGAAAAGUUAUGCCUCCUCCUGAAGUGUAGAUGGGGGGGGGGGGUAUAAAAAUGUCGCCGAAUCGAAAGUUAAUUUUAUGCGUUCGAGCUGCCGGAAAUUGCUAUUAUUACUAUCAUUUAUGAAGUAAUCCUUUUUUUUUUUUUUUUUUUUUUUUUUUUUGUUUAAUCACAAUUCAUCUGAAUAAUUCUAAUGCGCUUCAAAUUAAUAUUAUUUUUUUUUUAAAUAAGAAAAGAUUUUAACCAAACGUGAAAAGUUUUGGGUCUGCGGAUAGCUUUUUAGUUUAUAAAUUACAGUUAAAUUUAAAUAGUUUUGUUCACCGGGUACCAAAUGCUCUAGUUCUACCACCGUUCUUCAUUAUUGAAUCAAUGAUUAAUUGUUUAACAAUUGUAAUAAUAAUAAUUGUAAUUCUCGUAUGAAUUACUACUCAUAUGGGAGAAUAUUGCCAAAAUUAGGCAUACAAUAUCAGUUAUUUUACCGGUAAUCCUAUUUAGUCUAUUUAGGCUAGUACGGUAUUUAAAUUUAGGCUACUAAUAAAUACUAAUAUUUACAACAACACCCUUGCAGUUGCAGGUCUAAUUAAAGUUAGUAAUUUUUAUUUUUAUUAUAAAUUUCAAAUCAUUGUUAAGUUAUAUAACAUUCUAAUACUACAACAUCAUCAUAGUAAUUAUUUUUUAAUUAGGACAUAGAAAAGCAGUUUACAUAAACAGUUAUCUCAUAUAUCAAAUAAUAAGUAACAUUAAAUUUAAUGUAAAAAAAAGAAAAGAGUUUUAAUCGCCAUAUAAAAUAAAUAUUAUUAAAAAGAAACCAGAAAUUGUGAAGAUUCGGGAUUAUGAUUAGACGUUAUCUCUAUGCUUCUUUCAGGUACAAGGGAAAAUGUUAAUUUUCUAUUGAAGAGAAGAUCUUUGUGGAAUUUAUUCCACUUCCAUCAGCAGUAAGGCAUACAUGGACGAGGAUAGCUAAGACAAAGUUUAUGAAGCAUACAUUUUGUGAUUCGUCAAAAAGACCAUGAAGUCUGCAAAGGAGUCUACAUAGAUAUUGAUAGGCAAAACAUCCCCAUUCCCUUUUAAACUUUAAUCUAGAGACUGACCGAAAGUGAUUUUCUGAUUUCGGCCGAAGCCGAAAAUAGGCCGAAAGUUUAAAAUGACUUUCGGCCGAAACCAAAAAAGGCCGAAAGUUUAAAAAUGACUUUCGGCCGAAACCGAAAAAAGACCGAAAGUUAAAAAUGAAUUUCGGCCGAAACCGAAGCCGAAACCGAAAAUGAAAUAUUAAGAUAUUUUGAAAUUCGUUCCCGCAUACAUUCUGCUUACAUCGAAAAUGAUGUGGGAAAAUAUAAAUAUUUACAUUCUUUUUUAUAAAAAUGAGAUAAUCGUAAAUAAAAAUCUAAUUUAGGGUUCUCAAACUCGCGGCCAACGAGCCAUUUGUGACCCGCAAGAUGAUAUUUUGCGGCCCGCUACAUACAGAAAAGUUUAGUGUUUCCCCCAUUCUCAUAUAUAUAACGUGACUCUCCGCGACGGUUUCAGUCGAAUCUCACCGACAAAUCUAAUUCUGAUUUUAUUUUUUUUUAAUGUCUCUAUAUAUUUUUGUAUGCCAGCUCUCUGGAUGAAAGUGAAUCCUAGUUUUUGAGAACCCUUAAUGAUUUUUUUGUUAUUUAUAAAGGUUGACCAGAUUGUAACAAUUGUAAUCGCUUUUUGUGUGGAUUACUUGAUGCGGCCCACUCUCAUUCAGACACUACCUCCUGCGCCCCCCCCCCUCCCCAUAAUUUGAGUUUGAUACCCUUGAUCUAAUGAAUACUUUGGAUUUUACUAUUUUAAUAUAAAACUAAUUUAAAUUGCUUUACAAUUUUUUUCAAAUUUGUAUGGUAGGAGAAAAUUUGGCAGAAAUUGGGGGAUGUGGGUGGGGGGGGGGGGGGGGGGGAAAUUAAUGGAAAAUAUUAUUUUUUUGAAACCGGGUCUCUAAAAAAUGGGGUUUUAAAAGAUACAUUAAUUUGUUCUUAAAUUAAAACUAAUUUAAAUUGCUUUACAAUUUUUUUCAAAUUUGUAUGGUAGGAGAAAAUUUGGCAGAAAUUGGGGGAUGUGGGUGGGGGGGGGGGAGGAGGGGAAAUUAAUGCAAAAUAUUACUUUUUUGAAACCGGGUCUCUAAAAAAUGUGGUUCUAAAAGAUCACUUAAUUUGUUCUUAAAGAUUGCUUAGUUUGUUGUUAAAGAUCGCUUAGUUUGUUGUUAAAGAUCGCUUAGUUUGUUGUUAAAGAUCGUUUAAUUUGUUUUUAAAGAUCGUUUAGUUUGUUGUAAAAGAUCGUUUAGUUUGUUGUUGAAGAUCGUUUAGUUUGUUGUUAAAGAUCGGUGAGUUUGUUCAUAAAGAUCGCUUAGAUUGUUCUAAAAUAUCGCUUAGUUUAAUCUUAAAGAUCGCUUAAUUUGUUCUUAAAGAUCGCUUAGUUUGUUGUUAAAGAUCGUUUAGUUUGUUGUUAUAGAUCGUUUAGUUUGUUGUUAAAGAUCAUUUAUUUUGUUCUUAAAGAUCGUUUAGUUUGUUGUUAAAGAUCGUUUAGUUUGUUCUUAAAGACCGUUUAAAUUGUUGUAAAAGAUCGUUUAGUUUGUUGUUAAAGAUCGUUUAGUUUGUUGUUAAAGAUAGUUUAGUUUGUUUUUAAAGAUCGUUUAGUUUGUCGUUAAAGAUUGUUAGUUUGUUGUUAAAGAUCGUUUAGUUUGUUCUUAAAGAUCGUUUAGUUUGUUGUUAAAGAUCGUUUAGUUUGUUUUUAAAGAUCGUUUAGUUUGUUGUUAAAGAUCGUUUAUUUUGUUGUUAAAGAUCGUUUAGUUUGUUGUUAAAGAUCGUUUAGUUUGUUGUUAAAGAUCUUUUAGUUUGUUGUUAAAGAUCGUUCAGUUUGUUGUUAAAGAUCGUUUAGUUUGUUGUUAAAGAUCGUUUAGUUUGUUGUUAAAGAUCGUUAAGUUUGUUGUUAAAGAUCGUUUAGUGUAUCGUUAAAGAUCGUUUAGUUAGUCGUUAAAGAUCUUUAGUUUGUUCAUAAAGAUCACCUGGUUUGUUGUUAAAGAUCGUUUAGUUUGUUGUUAAAGACCGUUUAGUUUGUUCAUAAAGAUCGCCUGGUUUGUUGUUAAAGAUCGUUUAGUUUGUUCUUAAAGAUCGCAUUAGUUGUUGUUAAAUAUCGUCUAGUUUUUGUUAAUGAUCCCUUUAUUUGUUCUUAAAGAUCGUUUAGUUUGUUCAUAAAGAUCGCUUAGUUUGUUCUUAAAGAUCUUUCAGUUUGUUUUUAAAGAACAUUUAGUCUUCUGUUAAACAUCACUUAGUUUAUUCUUAUAAAUCAUUAAAGAUCAUUUGUUUUGUUCUUAAAGAUCAUUUAGUUCGGUCUUAAAAAUCGUUUAGUUUGUUCUUUAAGAUCGUUUAGUUUGUUAUUAAAGGUCGCUUAGAUAGUUCUUAAAGAUCGCUUAGUUUGUUUUAAAGAUCAUUUAGUUUGUUCAUAAAUGUCGUUUAGUUUGUUGUUAAAUAUCAUUUAGUUUGUUCUCAAAGAUCGCUUAAUUUGUUCUUAAAUGUCGCUUAGUUUUUUUUUUUUUAAUAUCGCUUUCGCUUAGUAUUAAAUGAAUGAAAACCUGAGUAACUUUCAGCCGGAUGGCUGAAAGUCUAAGUCAAUUUCGGCCGAAACCGAAGAAAAACCGAAAGUUAACUUUUCUCUUUCGGCCGAAACCGAAAUUAAGCCGAAAUUUAACUUUCCAGUUUCGGCCGAAACCGAAACUUGGCCGAAAGUGAUAAAAUGGCCUUUUUCGGCGCCGAAACCGAAGCCGAAGCCGAAAUUCGGUCGGCCUCUACUUUAAUCACAUACCUGUAUGUCUUGUGACAGGUGAUUUGAAUAGUUUUAAUAAUUUCAUGCAUUUAAUUUUGUAUUAAAAAAGACUUCUACUUACCUUUUAUAAAGAUAAGAAUUUAUUUGCAAUAUAACUGAAUAAUACAUUUACUUUAACUACAAUAAACAUGUAAUUUUUUUGUUUUUGCCUUUACAAAUAAUAAUUUUUCCAAAAUUUUUUGGACAUGAUGUUCUCAACAUAACUGCAAAGAAAAUUAUCCAAAAUAAAAAGUCUUGAUGUAAUGUAAAAUUUAUAUUGUUCUUUGUGUUGAUUAUUAGAUUAGGAAUGUCUCCUGAAAAUGUGGUCAAUUAUCUUUAAAAAUAAAAAUGUUGUGAGCAAAAUAAUGCAGAAAUGUGAAAUUUGGGUCACACGUUUUGGGGGUAAAAUAUAUAGAUUAUAAAUUAUAUAAGGGUCAUAAAAAAUUCGACUAAAAAUAAUAACUCCACUUCUAUAAAAGAUAGAAAGAUGAAAUUAGUGUUGUUAUAAAGCUUAUAGCUAGCCCUUUAAAAUGAUAUAUCAUUCAUGGCAAUCGGACUAUAUUUAAAAUAUGUGUCAAGGAUGUCAUAUUCAAUGGAAGUCGCUUAGUCGAUUGUUUUGUCACGUGAUGAGAGUAAAUACGAGUAAGACUUCCGGCAGGCUGUAUACAACACACUAGUGCUUGACAACCAGUAGUCAGUUACACACUACAACUACUUUUCAAUUCAAGAUGCCUAGGCAAUGUUCGGCUUUUGGCUGUUCAAACAGUAAAGUUAACGACAUUGGUAUAAGUCUGCAUAAGUUUCCGCUUAAGGAUAAAGAAAAUUUAAGACAAUGGCUUGACAAAGUGGACCUUCGUUAAUUAUUCACAUGAAAUCUUGUUCCAGCCGGUUAUUAAAAUAUGACUUCGCCACACAAAUAUUGAACUAACACGCACACGACGUCAUGGGUAUGCCGACAUUUCGUCCCAUGAAAAUUAACUAUAAAAUAAACAAUAGGGAAUGACUCCUGCAUAAAUAUUGAAUAAACACGCAAAUGACGUCAUAGGGGUAGUCAUGGGCACGGAGCUCAACAACAGCCUGCCGAUGAUAGUUCCAAUCGAAUCUCGCACGCAAUUUUUUCUUGAAAUAACUUUCUUCCUUUAAUCAUAACAAACGUAUUUUCACUGUCACAUUUAUGGAUUUCAUUUAAAAAACACGUGUAUUCCAGAAUAUUUUGAAAGGUAAAAUUUUAAAGUAACAUGACAUUGGGGAAGCACUGAUGGAGUAUCUUUUGUUGUAUGUCACAGCCUAGUGGUGGCUUGCUCUCAUCACGUGACCAAACAAGGAAGUGACUAAGCGACUCCCAUUCAACGAUCCUAUGGAUUCAGAUUAUUUUGAUUAAUUUAUUUCCAUUUAAAAUAUCCUCUCUGGGUCCAAUAUUUGGCUUAAUAAAUCUAUUUUCAUGAAAAGUUUGUUUCUUUCAAUAUUUGUUAUCAAUAGUCAUUGUAUAGACACAUUAUAAGAAAAUAUUAAAACAAUUUUAAUAUCACAAAAAUGUUCUGUUUAGUCUAUUUCUAUGGAAGCCGCCAUAUUUAAAGGACUGAUCAUUGCAUUAAACAAUUAUUGGGGAGGUCAUCGUUGUUUUAAUAUAAUUGAGAUAGAAAAAGUAUAGGGAAUUUUUAAUUUAGGGGUGGGGGGAGUGGUAAAUUCUGGCAAAAAAAAAUCAUAUCUCAAUAACUAACCUAAAAUAAAAAUAAUUACACAUAAUUGUGCAGAAUUUAAUACACUUUAAUUUGAUAUCAAUGGUUAUCAAAGCUUUUUUUUCCAUUUUUCUCGGUGUACCUCCCCCCUUAAUGUAGCAUAAACAAGGACAAAUCUUUUAGUGUAGCAUAAACAGGGACAAAUCUGUUAGUGUAGCAUAUACAACGACCAACCGUUUAGUGUCACAUAUACAAACCAACCGUUUAGUGUAGCAUAUACAACGACCAAUCAUUUAGUGUAGCAUAUACAAUGACUAAUCUUAGGGCUGGGUACCAUGAAACGAUAGGAGACUGCAGCAAUAAUCCGUAAUUUACAAAUCAUGCCGACAAAGACAAAAUAUACCAUUGGGAUUAUCCCCACGGAAGACACAAGGAAAAACACAGAGAGAUGGAGAGCAACGGUAAUUAGUUCCGUCUAAUGGGAGUAAUAGAUCAGAACAGAGAAAUUUCAAAUAAUGUGUCAAUGACUCGUGCACAAAUAAGAGCAAUGAAGACAAAGAAUAAGAUCAUAUACCCACGUAAGAAUCUAUAAGAAACUAAUUUUAUCUGCUGUAUGUAGCAAUAUAAAUAUAGUUGCAUUAUUUAUUUUUAUUAUGAAUUUGUUGGAGCUCAAUUUGUCAUACACUAUCUUCAGAAAACAGUUUAUAAUUUAUAGUGAUCAGGCCCGCCUGCUCCACCACAUCCUACCAUUCGGAUUGAUCCAUGGCUUUCCGCCUCAAUUUAUCGUAACACAGAUAAAUAUUAUCUUCUUUACAGACAAUUCCAGCCAUUCAAAAGACUUUUUAAUGACAUUAAGUCCAAGUGCGACGACGAUGAUUUACUAGAGGCCCUAGAGAAAAAGACUGCAGAGGGCGAUAUCAUCUGUACACUUGAAGGCAAAGAGGGUAGGUUUCAUAGAUUGCUUUUUAAAAAAACAGUUUUCUUUGUUAUCGAUGUCUUGUCCCCAUUCUUUAGUGAAAAAUAUUAAUAUCAAUUAAUAAUAUACUUUAUUAUUAUUUUUUUAAUCGGUUAAAUGCUAAGUUUUAAAUAUAUUUAUUUCUUAUCAAUUUAAAAUCUUGAAUAUAGCACCAUUUAAAAAAAUUAAAUGUGUGAACAAAUGAAAUGCCCAUAUUUCGUAUUUGCAUUAAGCCCACGUCAUUCUAAACACAACCCACAGCUAUCUUAGCCUAUAAUAGCGCCGAGUGUGUUACUAAUGACGUCAAGAGUCAGGAAGUUGAGAAUCUCCAGAACGCUUGCUUCGAGGACUACGCGUUAGAGAUAGCUGUCGCCUUGAAUGCCACAUUGCAAAAUGGGAAAAGGCAAGAGCCGAUCGAUUUCCCAAAGUAAGUUUAAACUUCUUAAAAUGAAAUAUUCCGAUCUUUCGUUUUAUCAAUCAAAUCUUCACGUGCUAUUAUUCCAUCGAAUUAUUCGAAAGGAAACGCAGCAACACGUGAUAAGGAUACGCAUUCCAAAGCAACAAUAAUUUCGUUCCUUCCUCGCUCUGACUUAUUAGGGAAAUGAAGCGCACAAGAUACGGGAAACACCUGAAACAAAAGACAAAAACGGAACAACGAAUGUGUCGGCAAAAAGCCUUCUUUUAAGCAAGCAAAGAAAUUGUGGUUGGGGGGGGGGGCAAACAAACAAAAAACACCAUAAAGAAAACUCAAAUAACCUGUGUGGUGGUGUAGAGAGUUUCAGAAACAAAUAUGUGCUGUUUAUUCCCGCUUACGGUACCUGAUGGCAUUCAAAUAUAUUGAUUUUUAUUCCACUCAGAAUUUGAGGAACAAUUUAAGGAAGUAAUCUUAAAGGACACACAGCGACAUUUAUUCAAAAGCAAUCCAGUUUUUUUUUUUGUUUUUUUUUUUUUUUUUUAAAGUCUCUCAUGAUGCAUAAUCUUCCAUGCUUACUUCUACAAUGUGGCGUUACAUAAAGAAGUGUUACGCACUUGUGAGAAAUUAAUCUCUUAUUUUAAAAUUUAUGGCUCGUUCAAACACCCCAUAAAAAAGGACGAUACCAUAGAGAAAAUACAAAAGUAAAAAUACGACACUCAAAACAGUACUAAUUACAACUAAUAAGAUUUAUUUAAGUAUUAAUAUAAUUACAAAACAAAAGAAUUAUAAUUACAAUCAUCAACUUACAGAGUUUCGGAAUGUCUUGUACCGGUACACAGUUAGUACAAUGUGCCACAAAAAUAAGGUACAAUGAUGAAUGCGAAUAAAGACAUAUGAGUACACAAAGAAUAAUACAAUUGUCUCGUAAAGUUAAAAAUAUCUCUCAAUCAAUCUCCCACGAUGAAUCUCUGAAUCCGCUUUUAUAUCUUUGCGUCGGUAUAACCAACGCUUCUAGAAAUGUCUUCUAUAUUGUUUAUCUUUCACGUACACUAUCGAACUUUCCCCUAAAUUCUAUUCGAAUUUGUUCGUUAUUUUUAGCUGAUAGUUGUGGAGAACAACAGCCAAGAUGAAAGGAAAUAGACCUCGACCAAUACGAACGUAGUCUAAUGUGGGGUCAACCAGAGUUCACGGCACGGGGAAAGUGUGACGUAAACACGUGCUACAUAACAGAAGUUAACAAUUUUUUAAAGGUGUGGUGGGUGGGGGGGGGGACACAAUUUCAUAUUUUUAAAAUGCAAGGCUGUUUCAAAGUUUGUCUUCUAUAAUGUUAGUUAUCUGACAUACUUACGACGAGAAUUAUUUUAUUUCAAUGACACGUUGAGAGAUGCAGUCAAAGUUUACUAUUUGAUCUUACUCAUUUAUUGCAAUUUCUUGAUAACUAUAACUAUGAACAUCAUCAUCUGUAGCUACGAGGAGCAGCUCAGCAAUUGUGUCAUCACUCGGACUACUGAAAAGUGUGGUGAGGAGUUUGGUCGUAUCUUGAGGCUGUUUUCAAGGAUUGAGGCGUGAAUCUCACUCUAGAGAUGCUCGUGAGUAGACCAACGUCUGCUUUGUUCUAUUCAAAUAUUAUUUGACUGCACUUCAUCGAGCUUUUCAAAUUGAAAAUUAUUAUUCUCAUUUGUGAGCCCCUUUUUUCAGGCAGAGUUCUUUCCUCUUUUUAGUAAGAUUUUACUUAUCCUAUUUCUUCUCACGUGUACAAUCAACUUUACACUUUACAUAUUCUGUGAAAUAAAAAUAAACUUGCUUAUUAAAAAAAAAAUUUACAAUUGUUUACUAAGAUUACGUUUUGAACAGAAAAAGCCUGAUUUUCUCCCCUUGGCUUACUUUAAUGUUUGACCUAAAAUGUUCCAUCUCCUAUUUAAAUCAACUUGCUUAUGUAUUGAUUAAUGUUGUACAUUCUGACAGGUUGACCCGUGAAAGCCAUUUCCAAAUUCUUGGGAGGAAACAAAAGUCUGAAGCGUUAAGCAGCUUAUGGGUGAUAACAACGGCAAGAAUUCAGUAUCCAUAUUUAAAAAAUAAUUAAUUAAAAAUGGAGUAAAUGAGAAGAAAACAAGAGUGACACCCUUUUCUUUUUUCUCCCUUUCUUCGCUAAAAUAUUUCUGAAAUAAAUACCUUUGAAACUGUAAUCUUUGAUGAUGUAUAUUAUUAGAUUUCAAAUAAAAAUGAAUAUCAUAUAUUAAUUGUGUCAUUUCUUUAUGAUUUUUAAGCCAAUUUUUCUUUUUUAAAACAUUUUAAAAUUGUCGCAAAUUAAAUAUAAAUUAAAUCAAACUCUGAAAUAAAUAUGAACAGUAUAAUGUCCUAGACGUUUCUCAGAUGUGGUUCAGACCGGGUUGCAAAUUUAAUUGAAAUAAAUUAUGAUGGAUUUGAAACUCUAACAAUUAAUUU